AUGACCACCCGGGCCCAGAGACACCUUGCCAGAGAGUUCCAGGCGUAUGAGCGAGAUCCUAUACCAGGCGUAUCUAUUGGACUCAAGGGGGAUUCGCUCUUCCUCUGGACUCUGAUGCUACAAGGCCCCCCUGGUACGCUUUUCGAAGGCGGACUAUUUAGAGCAGAAUUGCGGUUUCCUGAUAACUAUCCCGAUCAACCACCGAAGUUCGUCUUUAUCACUGACAUCUUUCAUCCCAAUAUCUACUCCGACGGCUCCGUCUGUAUUUCUAUUUUGCAUCCUCCUGGACCAGACCCACAUCAAUAUGAGACGGCAGCUGAGCGUUGGUUGCCAGUUCAUACCGUCUCUAGCAUCAUUCUUUCAGUUAUCUCCCUCCUCUCCGACCCCAACUGCAAGAGCCCUGCAAACGUCGACGCUGCAAAGCUGUAUACAGAUGAUUACCCCAUGUACAAAAAGCGCGUCUUGACGUGUGUGAGACGGUCGAUGGAGGAGUAA